AUGAAACGGACCGUCACCAAAAGCUUGUCUUCAACUCCAGAAGGCGAAUGGAAGGACAUUCCUGAUCUUUACGACUUCAUCGAGUAUCACGCGUCCUACGGCAUCGCCGAAACCCUUCUCGGCACAUCCAUCAUGUAUCCAGGAAUCAUAUCCGAUGUCUGGAUCCACAUUGAAGCCACGGAUCAAUUCUUCAUGGGCCUUCCCCGCUUCCUUAUCCCCAAAGCCUACGCCGCGCGUGAUCGCCUGCUCAACGCCAUUAGAGCUUGGACCAAGGAAUCCGAAGUGUUACGCAAGCAAAACGCUGUAAACACUACCUGGGACCCCAUCGCAGGUUCUGGUCUUCUCCAAGAGAGAGAGGAACUAUAUAGCAAGAUGGCUGGCCACGGUGUAGAUGGUCGCUCCGCACAAACCCUCGGCCUCCUCUACGGCGGAACCAGUCUUACCGUGCCAGUAACAUUCUGGUACUUUUUCGAAACACUACGCGAUCCCUCUCUACACCGUCGCGUGCUCGAUGAAAUCAGGAAUGGUGUCAAUGAAGAGACGCAAGGCUACAACUUUAUGCAACUGAGCGCACGGCCUUUGUUCCAGUCUCUCCAUGCGGAGACGACACGAAUGUAUAGUUCCAACCUCGCUGUAAGAGAAGUCACAGCCCCGACAUAUGUGCUUGACGAGAAAUACACUAUACCAAAAGGCACCGAGGUUUAUCUUUCUCAUAAGUACAAUGGGCAGUUCACCCCAGGGUGGAAGGCUGCAAGGCCUCAGGCUACUGCGAAACCCCUGGAUACUUUCUGGGCUGAACGGUACUUGGUCAGCGGCAGCGGAAACGACGACAAAAGAGGAAAGUUCAGCGAUGCAGGUUUGAGUGGUAAUUGGACUUCUUUUGGGGGCGAGAACAUAAAUGUCCUGGAAGGCAUUUUGCCCGCAAUAUCGGUAUCGUAA